AUGAAGACUCACGCCUACCAGAAGAUACACUUCUUGGAACGGCUUCCAGGACUCCCCACAUGCGGCUGGCAUGAUUCGGCAGCGUCGCUCCUUUCUAUAGACAAGUUCUUCCGUUCGUUUUCGCUGCUCUGGUUUCUUCUGUCCCUCCUUUGUGUCUUCACCUGGCUGUCGCUGGUAUUGCAUCUGCUGAAGUUGCUGGAUGGUAACGCUAGCAUCAUGACGGCCAAACCCUCUUUUGUAUCCAAGGAUCGGGUGGAAAAGUCCUUCCGGUCCAUCGAAAAGAUGUACAAGGGAUAUUCAAAGGUGAAGGAGCAGGGAAGAGAGCGUCCAGAUCGCCCGUCUCCGAAAGCCUCUCGCACGAGUCCUAUAGUCACACUACUUGUGGGUCCGGAUCGGCGUGUCUUCGUAGCUCAUGAGGAUGUUCUAUUCCGCUCUCCUUUCUUCUAUGCUGUGCUAAGGGACCAGUUCGCUGGUGAUGAAGGAGACAAGGUGAUCGGCUUGCCCGACGAAGAACCAGAAAUUCUGUCCUGUGUCCUUGAGUUCCUCUACAAGGGCGACUAUUCCCCCCGCCUCUUGCGCAGCAAAGGCCAAAAGUCCUUCAGACUCGAGGGCACACAGGACGGCGAUACCUCCAGCGGCCGCGCGGUCAUCUUUCUCUCCGCGGUUGAUGGUAUAGUCCUCCGGGAUACCGUUGUCUACUGUGCUGCCGAGCGAUACGGCCUAGAGGCACUCAAGAAACUUGCUCUUCGCAAGCAAGGGCUGCAGAGGGGGAUUCCCGUCGAAGUGGUCCUCAGAUCUGCUCGGUAUGCCUAUGACAAUACGCCAGGCGCGGAGUCCCGACUGCGCGCUCAUUACCUGACGAUGAUGAUCCGCGCCCGCCAUAUCUUCAAGAGCAGUGGGACGAUGCAGUCUGAUAUGGAAAUGGGCCACAGGUUCUACUUCGAUUUGUUCGUUGCAAUGUGUAAUCAUAUGGAUGACCUCGAGGCGAUCAGGUGA